CAGUACAAGUCCUGACAAGUUCUCCUGAGCUGUUCAAAAUCCAAUAAUAAUUACAAUUUGUAUGCAUGCUAUAGAAAUCUAGAUCUUAAUCUAGAAGCAAGUAUACUCCAGAUAUGAGGUUUUAGCCUUGAUCUAAAACAAUCGGAAUAUUGAAUAGAGUGUACUGUGGUGACAGCUGUGCCAUAGAACUGGGAACUCAGAUACAGAGGGUUGAAGUUACAAGCAAGAGUUGUUUAACAAACAUGGAGAAUAAUCAAGAUAUCUAUCCAUGUCAACAUUGCAGUAUGGCUUUUUCAAAAGUUUCUUAUUUGAAAGCACAUUUGCAAUACAAACAUGGUCAAGAUAGAGCUGUCAAUAGGAGUGUGGAUGCCAUUGAUAAUACAAGUCAACUUUCUUCCCAUGCAUCAAACUUUUAUCAAUACCAUGUCAUGUGUAUAAAAGAAAAUCCUCACAAAUGUGACCAGUGUAAUAACUGUUUUCUGAACCAUGCUUCAUUAAGAAAACAUCUUAGAGUUCAUAUAGGAGAAAAGCCUUAUAAUUGUGGCAAAUGUGGUAAAUGUUUUACAACGGUUUCACAUUUAAAGAGACACUUAAGAAUUCAUACUGGAGAAAAACCUUACAAGUGUGACAAAUGUGGUAAAUGUUUCACUCAGGAUGCUAGUUUACGAAUCCACCAAAGAAUUCAUACUGGAGAAAAACCUUAUAAGUGUGAAAAAUGCGGUAAGUGUUUUAAAGAAAGUGGUUCUUUAAUAAUACACAAUAGAUCUCAUUCAGGAGAAAAGCCAUACAAGUGUAUGAAAUGUGGUAAAUGUUUCAUUGAUGAUAGCCAUUUAAAGAAACACUUUAAAACUCAUACAGGAGAAAGGCCUUACAAGUGUGACAAAUGUGGUAAAUGUUUCUCAAGGGUUGGGAAUUUUAAGAGACACUAUAGAAUCCAUACAGGAGAAAAGCCGUACAAGUGUGCUGAAUGUGGGAAGAGUUUUAUAGAAGGGACAAGUUUAAAGACACACCUUAGCAUUCAUACAAGCAAAAAACCCUACCAGUGUGACGAAUGUGGUCAAUGUUUUUUAAAGCUGAGCCACUUAAAGAAACACUUUAUAAUUCAUACAGAAGACAAGCCUUACAUGUGUGAGAAAUGUGGUAAAAAUUUUCACAAGUUUUGGGAUUUACAGAGACACAGUUCUAGAAUUCAUAGUAGAACAAAACCUUAUAAAUGUGACAAAUGUGAUAGAAGUUUCACACUCCUUUGUGAUGUACAAAAACACCUUGUAAUUCAUACAGGGGAAAAUCCUCACAAGUGUGACAAAUGUGAUAAAUGUUAUUUGAAGGUUAGCUCCUUGAAAAAACAUCAAGUAGCUCAUACAAGAGAAAGAACUCUUAAGAAGUGUGACACUUGUGGUAGAUGUUUUAAACAGAAUGGUUAUUUACAGAGACACCUUAGUGUUCACACAGGAGAAAAGCCUUAUAAGUGUAACAAAUGUGGUAAAUGUUUCAGACUUAAUGUUACUUUAAAGAUACACAAUAUAAUUCAUACAGGAAAAAAGCCAUAUAUGUGUGAUCACUGUGGUAAUUGUUUCACCCAGCUUUGCAUUUUAAUGAGGCACCUUAGAGUUCAUACAGGAGAAAAGCCUUACAUGUGUAACAAUUGUGGUAAAUCCUUUAAACAGAUUGCACAUUUGAUAAGCCAUCACAGAGUUCAUACAGGAGAAAAGCCUUACAUGUGUAAGACAUGUGGUAAAAGUUUUAGAGUGAGUAAUGGAUUACAGAGCCACUUUAGGAUUCAUAUAGGAGAAAAGCCUUAUAUGUGUAAGACAUGUGGUAACUGUUUUUCAAGGCUUUAUCACUUGAAGAGACAUCUUAGAAUUCACCUAGGUGUGACUAGUGCAGUACAUGUUUUUAACAGACAACAUACAAUUCACACUGGAGAAAAGCUUUAUUAAAUGUAUCUUUUAAAGUACUAUGUUACAGAGCAACCUUAAAAUUCACACAGGAGAAAAGUCUUAUAAGUGGGUAAAUUUUUCUUUCAAAGUAGGCCUACUACUUUACAGAACCAUCUUAGAAUUCACAUCCUUACAUGUGUAGGAAUUUCGGUAAAUGUUCUUCAUACAGGAGAAACACCUAAUGUUUGACAAGUGUUUUAAGUUGUUUUUUUUUUUUAAUUUUUUAUUCCAAGUGUUACUUUACAAAACUACCUUAGAAUUCAUGAAGGAGAAAAGCCUUACAAAUGAGGUAAUUGGUGAAUGUUUUGCACCAAGAGUUGUUUGAAAGAAACUGUUUUAACCAUCAAAGAACCUAAUUAUGAAAUUGGUUCUUAGACAUUUCUUUGAGAUGUGCCACACUUUAAGUGUCUUUUGUUCAAUGGAUGGCCUCUUUUUGUUACAUAUUGUUAAACUUUGAAUUCUUUUAAUUGAAAUUUUAAUUCUUGUUAUCUCUUAACAUUAAAUAUUUCAGUAUCAAGGAUUUCUUUGAUAUUUUUUUUUAAUAGACCCAGCUUGUCUGUAUUUACAAUAUCUGACCAACUUUGUCACAUUGAUGAAGUUUUAGAUCAAGGCAGAAGGGUAUUUAUAUUGUAUGAUUUUAAUAGAGAAGAUGGAUGACACCAAUUUUAGUCACAUUGACACUAUUGACAGGUUUUUAGUUCAAAUUAGUUCACGGCAGAAGGGUAAUUAAGUUGUAUGAUUUUAAUUAGAGGUGGUGGGUGAUGCCAACUUUAGUCACACUGAUGAAGUUUUAGAUCAAGGCAGAAGGGUAAGUAAGUUGUUAUCUGGCUCCCUCGAUGAUACAAGAUUAAAAUCUAGAUAACACCACCUAGAACGAUGUUAUACAGACGCAGUAGAAGAGUGCUCAAGAUGACACUAAUUAGUCAAAAGCAAAUUUACUG